GGGCUUACACGCCGAUGCAGAAGCAUCCAAUCAAAACCAGUGACCUCAGAAGCAUGCAGUGAACGCUAGAUAGAUCGACCACAGUAUUUGGCUCUAAAAUAUCGUCAUCAACACACGCAAAGCGAUGGUGCGGGGAGUGUGGGCGGUGCUACGGAUGGUGUCCUGCAAAGGGUCCCCUGUGCUUAAAUCAAACGUACCUGGUGCUUUCAGAGUUGUUACGCCGCAGCAAAGACAUAUCUACACAACGUUUCCUUCCUGCGUCAGAGCUAUUUCAAGUGUGAGGCCCCUUCAGUCAGCUAUCAGAAUGCCUGAGAUAACCACGGACCACCUGGACGAGAAGCAGGUGCAGCUUCUGGCCGAGAUGUGCAUCCUCAUCGACGAGAACGACCACAAAGUUGGAGCGGACACAAAGAAAAACUGCCAUCUCAAUGCUAACAUUGACAAAGGUUUGUUACACAGAGCUUUCAGCGUGUUCAUUUUCAACAGUGAAGAGAAGCUGCUCUUACAACAGAGGUCUGAUGCCAAAAUCACUUUCCCAGGCUGUUUCACAAACACAUGCUGCAGUCACCCUUUACACACAGACAGUGAGCUGGAGGAGAAGGAUGUAAUUGGAGUGAGGAGAGCAGCUCAGAGGAGACUUGAAGCUGAACUGGGAAUCCCCAUGGAACAGGUGACACCAGAUGAAAUGACCUACCUGACCAGGAUCCACUACAAAGCCCAGUCAGACGGUGUGUGGGGAGAGCAUGAGAUUGACUACAUCCUCUUCAUGCAGAAGGAUGUGGAUUUGAGUCCAGACCCCAAUGAGAUCAAAACCCACUGCUAUGUGAGCAAGGAGGAGCUUCAGGAGAUGUUAGAGAAGGCAAAGCGCAAAGAACUGGAGAUCACACCCUGGUUCAGCCUCAUCGCAGAGACCUUCCUCUUCAAGUGGUGGGACAACCUGCACAACCUCAAACAGUUCAUGGAUCACAACAAAAUCCACCGCAUGUAAAUAAGUCAGCAUCGGGCCACAACUUCAGUCAUUUCAAACACUGAUUCUCUAAGAAAUAAGUGUCACUGGCUAGUUUUUGCCAUGGUAGUAGUAAGUGUAGUACUUUUACACUGAAAACGUAGAUUGUUUGUCAUGCUAAAGGCCAGAGGAAAUGUCGGUUUGUAACUGUGAGGUGCAUUCAUCUACGCAUGGGAACUGAUGCAAGUAAAGUGACUUAGCACUCUGGAUUUACACACUCAACAGAAAGAGAUUAAAUAUCAUCAUGAAGAAUAUUAAGUCCUAACAAUUCCAUGUAGAGAAAAGGCUAUUUUUUUUAUACAAGAACUUAAGUGCCUGAGUACAGGUCAUUAGGUUGAGAGGAACCAUCUCUCAAAGUACUGAUGUGAUGUCUCGGCUUCUACUCACUUCUGUAUAUUGUCAAUAAUGAUAUCACUGAACAAGCUUUGCACUCUUUUACACAAUAAAGUGUUUGUGUUCAUUG